AUGGCGCAGAAAAGGAAGAAUGAUGGAGAAUUAGCAGAGAGUUGGUCUUGUAAGAAACAGAAGACGAAGGGAAAGGCUAAUUUUAUCUUUUCUGCUCUAUUGUCCUUUAUAACCAACAACAAAUUUUUACUUAAAUUAGGGAAGAAGACCCCGCCCUCAAUUCAUCACCUGGACGUUGAUGAUUCGGUCAAGGUUCAGUUUCCGGAGGAAAUACUUGUUAACAUCCUCAGCAGGUUACCUGUGCGGUCUAUUGUUCGAUUCAAAUCCGUUUCCAAAUUUUGGACAACAUUGAUAUUUGAUCCUUAUUUUACAAUGAAGCAUCUCAAUCAUGCCAAGAAUGACCAAGAUUCCCAAAAGCUUCUUAUCUACCAAUGGUGCCCUAAGGAUUAUAUAUACACCCUAUAUUGUUGUCCUUUAUCGCCGAUUCAACUGGUUAAGGAUGUACAAAAACUUAAACUUGAUUGCCCUUCAACCCUUAAACCAAGGCAUUGCAUGAUCCAUUGUUGUUACAAUGACUUAGUUAUUAUCGAGAUUUGUGAUAACAAUCGAUUCAUAUAUCUGUUGUGGAACCCCUCCAUAAGAGAAUCAAUAGUACUCCCCCCUCUAGGAUGUCCCCGGGAUGGAGGUUCUCGUUUUGGUUUGGGUUAUGACUUAAGCAGUGGUGGGUAUAAGAUCAUUCAUAUGCACCAGAACACACAUCGUCCCAAAUAUCCUAAUGAAAUUCUUGCAUUGAAAGGUGGCUCUUGGAGAAGUAUUGAUGAACAUCCUCGUGCCAAUCGCCGUUGGUUUUAUGCCAUGGAUUAUUUGCCAUUUAUACAUGCGGAAUUUCAUUGGAUCGAGGUUUCAAGAAAUUUAUUUGUGGUGUUUUCGUUUAAUAUUUCAAAUGAAGUGUACGGAGAGAUACCUUUGUCAGAGGAAAUAGUAAGCUUGACACCAGGCCCCUACAAUGUUGGCAUUUCUGUGUUGGAAGGAAUGCUUUGUGCUCAUUCUAGGUCCUUUUUUACGGGAAAGUCUACUUUUAAGGUAUGGAUAUUGAAAGAGUAUGGUGUCAAGGAAUCUUGGAUGCCAUUGUUAACUAUAGUAAAAGAUAUUCCAUUUUAUAAUGCCUCACCGAGAUAUAGGUUUUUGGAUGGUGAAGUGUUAUUCUGGUCAAAAUCUGAAUUUGAAUUUGUAAUAAUAUAUGUUUAUGUUGAUGACUUCAACAUCAUUGGAACUCCUGAAGAGCUUUCAAAAGCCGUUAAUUGUUUGAAGAAAGAAUUCGAAAUGAAAGAUCUUGGUAAGAUAUAA